CAAACCUCAUUUUCAGAGUCUUCACAGACUUCACAGAUAAAGCAUAACAAUUAUGAGACAGCUGUCCUAGGAAGAGACGUGACCAUCUUCUGCAACUUGACAAGUCUGGCAAAUGUUGAGCAAAUCACCUGGCAGAAAAUUCAAGGCUCUUUGCUUCAAAAUAUUGGCACUUACAGUCAUAAAUAUGGAGAAAAUAUUCUUCCCCCAUAUGUAAACAGGCUGCACUGCAAGAUCCUGGAACCCAGUGCCUCCUUCAUAACUAUCCAAGGAGUGACAUUUGAAGAUGAAGCCUGCUACAAGUGUCUGUUCAACACCUUUCCACAUGGCAGCCAUGGAGAACAAACCUGCCUGAACAUUCUAACUGUAUCUGAAUUAUCAACUGAACUCUAUCCUGUUCCUGGCUCUGAAGAUCUCCUCAACCUCCAUUGUUCAGCUGUGGGAAAGCCUGCUCCUAGCAUCUCCAUUUACCCUUCACAAGCCCUAAUGCCCACACAAGAAGAAUACUUUACUAAGAACCCAAAUACCACAGUGACCGUCACUAAAAUACACAACGUCUCUUUGAAAACUGUGAGGUCCUUGAAUCUUCGAGACCUAGUUGUAUCCAUGACUCACCCUCUAAGAAACGAAGAGAAGGUAGUUCCUCUGCCGGUAAAUCAAGAAGGUACCAUGAAUCAUUCAUUAAAUUGGAAGAAAACUGCAGUUGUGUUCAUUAGUCUGUUUUUUAUUUCAUGUAUCAUCUUUGGAACCAUUCUCUAUAUUAAUUUCAAAAAGAAAAGGUAAGCUAUAUGAUAACUUGAUGUGACAGAGAAACUAGAUACAAUGGCACUAGCUAUGAAUAUAAUGUUUAAAAAAUUCUAAGAGGUCUGGAAAAGUCCACCAUGAAGAGAUACCGAAGAAAAACUUGUUUCCAUAGGCUUAGCAGUGUCUGACAUCAAAUAGUCAAGAAAGUAGAGACUGUUGGCAAACAUUUCUGUUUAUGGUGAGUUUAGUACAAGAUUCUUUUUUAUAUAAAGAAAGUAUUUGUUUAUUUUUAUUUUAUGUUUACAGGUAUUUUGCCUGUGUGCAUCUGGUGCCCCUGGAAGCCAGAAGAGGUUGUUAAAACUUAAGUUACGAGCAAUUAUGAAACCUUUGUAUGGGUGCUGGGAACUGAACCAGAGUCCUCUGAACAAGCAACAGAGGGGCUGGAGAGAUGGCUCAGAGGUUAAGAGUGUUGGGUUCUCUUCCAGAGGUCCUGAGUUCAAUUCCUCACAACCACCUGGUGGCUCACAACCAUCUAUAAGAGAUCUGGUACCCUUUUCUGGCAUGCAGGCAUACAUGCAGAGCACAUAAUAAAUAGACAAAUCUUUAAAAAAAAUGCUCUUAACUGCUGAGCCAUUUCUCUGGCCUAGUUUUAAGAUUCUUUAUUGAUCCUGGGGCAGUGGUGGUGCAUGUCUUUAAUCCCUUCAGUCAGGGCUACACGGAGAAACUCUGUCUUAAAAAACUAAAAAGAUUCUUUAUUGAGAACAAAUUUUCACAUAAUACAGCACAGAGCCCAGGACAAUGGGUGGGGAGGAAGAUGUGAAGACUGGAAGCUUGAGAUAUGUCCAUCUGAGGCAUAAGCUGAAAACAAGACCUUACAAUAUAGGAUUAAUAUAGUAAAAUUCCCACUCAUUUGUUCAGCUCUCCUCAUGGACAGUGAUGCAUGAUGGAAGAAUAAAUGGAAAUAAAGUUACUAGGCCGUGACAGUAGAAACCAUAAAUAUAAUUGGUGGCAUGUGAUUUGUAUUGCUGUCAUUAUGUGUUCUUUAAAUUUAACAAUCUGUGGGGUUUUGUUCUGCACCAUCUCAAUACAGGGGAAUGUGUAAACCAAAGAAGGGUGAGAAUCUGAUCUAUAAUCUAGAAGGCUCUCCCACUGGGAAGUGGAAGAGAAAUCUCAGAAGACAAGAAUGAAGGAGCAUUUUGAAGAGAUGGCUACAGCAGUCAGGAGACAGAUGGGAACUGUCUAGACUGAAGAGGUAGAAAAGAGGAAGAGGGGUUAAGGUUAUAUUUGGGAUGGGAAGGUUUCCUGAGCGACAGGUAUGGAGAAAGAGUAAGAGGAAAGAAUUACCUUACUCAAGGUAAGUGUUUUAGCAUUAAAGAAAACUUUUACAAAUAUGCCAGGAAUAGACAGAGAGCCAGCAAGCUUUGGAGGGAGGAUUAAGAAUUUUUUUUAAAGCCAUUUUUAAAUGCCUAUUUUAUACUUGAGGAAGAGUGUUAAAUAAGUAUCUACAUGAUGAAUCUGAGCUUUGUGGAGCAGAUGGUAAGUUUUUGGAAAAUAGAGGAUAGGAUCUCCAUGGAGACAGAUUAUGAACUAUUGCACUUACUACAUUAAUGUAAAAACAAUAGGCAAGUUAUAGUAAUUUGGCCAAUUUCUCAAGAGAAUUUGUGUAUGAAUCACUCAAACUCUAAUUGAUACCCUUGUCUUACUAUGUACUGCCAUGAGGGGGAGUGUUUACUCAGUUUAUUUCUGUAACAGUGUCAUGGUAUCUCCAGGUCAGAGAACACACCUGAACCAUCAUCAACACAGAUGCUUAACCCAUUAUCAACAGUGGUGCCCACACCGCCAUCAACAGAGACUGAGAAUUUAAUGAGCCAACAUCGUAAGGCAAAGAUAUAAUUUGUAGUAUCCGA